UCUAGGGUGGCGCCCGGGUGCGCGCACGCGCUCCACCUCCCCUCUAACAUCUUGUUUAAAUUCCAGGAACUGCUGGAGCGGCGUCAGGGCUGCGACGUAUUUGUUGUUCGGUUUUAGAGCCAAGAAACUUCUUAUUUCUUAUUGCUGGCGGGUAGUUGUUGGAAUUUGGAAGUUGUUUAACUAUAAAGUGUGCCCAAAUCAAAAUGUCACGCUCCGACUUCCCGCCCUCCUACGAUGAAUCAAAAAAUCCUCUUAAUUCACCUCAGGGACGGAAUGACUAUCCGCCACCAGGUUAUGGACUACCACCAUAUGGGGGUCCAACUGCACCAGGAGGCUACCCCCCUGGGCCUCAAUUGGGCCCCCAGCCUGGAUAUCCUGCCAUGUAUCCCCCCGGAGGACAGCCAGCCCCAGGCUAUCCCGGCCAGGGUUUUCCGGCAAUGCCCAUCAUGCCUCCCGUCUUGCCUCCUGUGCUUCCGAUCAACCAGCCGGACUCAGGAGGCAAUGAGGGAUUUACAUCAUCUGGUGACUGGGAUGACAUGUCAAUCCGACAUGUUUUCAUCCGAAAAGUCUAUCUUAUUCUGGCAUCCCAGCUCCUGAUCACAGUAGCCAUCGUGGCCAUUUUCACUUUUGUGGAUCCCGUCAAAAGUUUUGUUAUAAAGAAUCCAGGAUUUUACUGGGCUUCAUAUGCCGUGUACUUUGUCACUUACCUUGUCCUCGUCUGCUGUAAAGGACCGAGGCGGAGGUUUCCCUGGAACAUACUGCUGCUUGUCAUUUUUACUCUUUCCAUGUCAUACAUGACAGGAACUAUUGCAAGCUACUAUGACACAAAAUCUGUGUUUCUGGCCCUUGGAAUAACGGCAGUUGUUUGCAUUAUCGUCACAAUCUUCUGCUUCCAGACCAAGGUGGACUUCACAUCGUGCGGUGGUUUCUUCUGCGUCCUGGGUAUGGUCGUCUUCGUCACCGGCAUCAUCACAGCCAUUGUGCUGUCAUUCAAAUACAUUCCCUGGCUUCAUAUGCUGUACGCAGCAAUAGGAGCCAUCGCUUUCACCUUGUUCUUAGCAUACCAUACCCAGCUACUCUUGGGCAACCGCAAGCAUUCCAUCAGCCCAGAGGAAUAUGUGUAUGGAGCUCUCUCCCUCUACUUAGACAUUGUGCAGAUCUUCCUGUUCAUCCUGCAGAUCGUUGGAGCAUCUAGACGUUAGAGUCCGUGUUCAUACUUGCCAUGAAACUCAGUUGGCAUAAUCUAUGACUCGUAUGAUUAACAUUAAAAAAUAGAAAAACUAACAAUUUAAAGCCAAUGUAUACAGAUGAUGUAAUACAUAGACAUGUACACUAUGCGUUUGUACCAAAGUUGGGCUAUUUUCAGGUGUUAAAAUAUUUAGCUUCUUUUGUGAUGUUUUGUGACCUGAUAGCCAGUAAAGCACUUUCUUUAGGAUUUUAUUCAAAACAUGGUUUUUGGUUUAGUGUGUGUCUCUGUAGGAAGUUGCUACUUUAAGUGAAAUAUUUGUAUGUUCAUUUUAUACAAAUACUGCACAUUUAUGCACAUGACCGAAAAAAUUGGGUCGCAAUGCAGAAAGGUUGAGAUCCACUGAUGUAUAGUUUUUCGCUGUGCCCUCCUACAAGGAAAUGCUGACCUCAUUCAUUCCUCUCAGAAUUUAUCGAGCAUUUUGUCUUGUUAUACUGGUAAAUACUGACAAAUCACUUUGUGUAUAUUGUAUGACACAUUUCAGAAGUAUACAUGUAACAAAAUAUACUGUAACAUCUAUUUUGAGACAGCCAGUUGGACAGAAUUUAGUUUGGUUAUAUGCAACCAUUUAAUAAACCUGUACAUUUUAAAUGAGCAAUAUAAAGCAAUUUUUAUACAUAAAAAUAUGCAGUAUAUAUAUAAAAUAUGUAUGAUUUACCGUUAUUUACUGAAUAAGAAUCAUUGUUGUCAUUGUUUGGCUAUUGGGAAAGACGGCCUUGUUCUGGGAAUGUCUUUGUAUUAAAAUCAUUUUGACAAUU